AUGUCCUACGCCCAUCUUGGGGCCCCGACCGCGUUUAAUGGGACAGGUUCCCUCGGGGGUGAUGCCAGGACCGAAAACCUGAACCAAUGGUAUCAAUCCGGAGACCAGGCCUUCAUCCUGGUGGCCGCCUGUAUGGUGCUUCUCAUGGUACCCGGCGUCUCCUUUCUCUAUUCGGGCCUCGCUCGCAGAAAGUCCGCCCUCUCCAUGCUCUGGGUGACGAUGAUGUCCUUUAGCGUCAUCGUCUUCCAGUGGUACUUUUGGGGUUACUCUUUAGCCUUCAGCUCGACUUCCAAAAAUGGCUACAUUGGCAACCUCAACCACUUUGGGCUCCAGAGGGUCCUGGCCACCCCGUCGAUUGGCUCUCCCCUGAUCCCGGCCCUCCUUUACUCCUUCUAUCAGAUGAUGUUCUGCGCCGUCACCGCCUGCCUGACUGUCGGAGCCGUUGCCGAGCGCGGCCGGGUGGUCCCGAGCAUGGUCUUCUGCUUCUUCUGGGCCACCCUCGUCUACUGCCCCCUGGCAUACUGGGUGUGGAACGCCAACGGCUGGGCUUUCAAGAACGGCGUCCUCGACUAUGCAGGUGGUGUCCCCGUCGAGAUCGGCUCCGGUGUCUCGGCCCUCGCCUACUCCUGGGUCCUGGGCCGCCGGAACGAGAAGAUGAUGAUGAACUUCCGGCCCCACAACAUCUCCCUCAUCACUCUCGGCACCGUUCUUCUGUGGUUCGGAUGGCUGGGCUUCAACGGUGGAUCUGCCUUUGGUGCCAACCUCCGAGCCGUCAUGGCUUGCUGGAACUCGUGCCUCACGGCCAUGUUCGCCGCCAUGACUUGGUGUCUCCUCGAUUUCCGUCUUGCCAAGAAGUGGUCCAUGGUCGGUUGGUGUUCCGGAACCAUCUCGGGCCUGGUUGCUGCCACUCCCGCGUCUGGUUUCAUCACCCCGUGGGCUAGCAUCAUCUUGGGUGUCGUUGCCGGCGUCUGCUGCAACUUUGGCACCAAGAUCAAGUUCCUCAUUCGAAUCGAUGACUCUCUCGACGUUUUCGCUGAGCACGGCAUCGGUGGCAUGGUCGGUCUCAUUUUCAACGCCUUUUUCGCCAGCGGUAGCAUCAUCGGUCUCGACGGGGUUAAUAGCGGUGCCAUUGGUGGCUUUGUCGACGGCCACUAUGUUCUCAUCGGAUGGCAGAUCGCUGCUAUCGUCGCUGGUUCUGCCUAUGCCUUUGUCAUGUCCGCUAUCAUUGCCAAAAUCAUUGAUCUCAUCCCCGGCCUUAAGCUGCGUGCCUCCGAAGAAGCCGAGCUCCUUGGUAUGGACGACGACCAACACGGCGAGUUCUCAUACGACUACGUUGAAGUCCGACGAGACUUUUUGGCUUGGAGCCCCCAGCGCGAAGAGCCUGCUCACGAGAGCACCAUCCUGAUUGAGCCUCAGCACGGCAUCCAGGAGCAUGCCAACAUGGCUCGCUCUGCCAGCUUGGCCGAUACUCAGAACGAAGAGAAGAAACCCGCAUCCAUGUACGAUGAUCGCGCCAGGGAGCGCUCGGAGAGCACUGAGACGACCGAGGGCAGCCAGAGCAACGAGAAGCGCGACUAA